CGAUAGAUUAUAUCGAUAUCGUCUUCGUCUGACAAACCAUUUCACGAUACCAAAAAAAAAGUGCAAAAAUAACUAAAUUCUCGGCGUAAUUAUUUAGUAAAUAGCGUAGCUAAGCAGCAGGUGAGUAGGUCGCAAGCGCGCCCCUCCACGAUCCAUCAAGCGGUAAUUGGCCUGCUGUGCAAUUGCUCGAGGACAAGGCCAUUUGCCUGGUGGCCCCCACGCAAAAAAAAACCCUUCCAAAUCCAUAUCCAGACGGACCACGGAUUAGGACUAAGACCCAUUUGACAUGUCGCUCAAGCCCAAAAUAGUGGAGUUUGUCGAUGUUUGGCCGCGCCUGCGCUGCAUCGCCGAGUCGGUGAUAACGCUCACCAAAGUGGAGCGCUCGGUGUGGAAUACUAGCUUCAGCGACGUUUACACACUGUGCGUGGCGCAGCCGGAACCGAUGGCUGAUCGUCUUUAUGGCGAAACAAAACACUUUCUUGAGCAGCACGUCCAGGAGAUGCUGGCCAAAAAGGUGCUGAUCGAGGGAGAAUGCUCCCAUUCCAAUGGUGGCCCAGACCUUCUCCAGCGUUACUACAUCACCUGGAUGGAAUAUAGCCAGGGUAUCAAGUAUCUGCACCAAUUGUACAUCUACCUGAAUCAACAACACAUCAAGAAACAAAAGAUUACCGAUACGGAAUCGUUCUACGGUAAUCUGUCAAGCGAUGCUGCGGAGCAGAUGGAGAUUGGCGAGCUAGGUCUAGACAUUUGGCGCCUGUAUAUGAUUGAGUACUUGUCCAGCGAACUGGUCCGUCACAUACUCGAGGGCAUUGCCGCAGACAGAGCUAGCAAUGGCACCUUGGAUCACCAUCGCGUGCAAAUUAUCAACGGAGUGAUACACAGCUUCGUGGAGGUACAGGACUAUAAGAAAACAGGCUCGCUUAAGCUCUACCAGGAACUCUUUGAAGGCCCCAUGCUGGAGGCCAGUGGCGCCUACUACACAGACGAGGCUAACAAGUUGCUCCAUCGGUGCUCAGUGUCGGAGUACAUGCAGGAGGUUAUCCGGAUACUGGAAUAUGAAAGCCGGAGAGCCCAAAAGUUUUUACACGUCAGUUCCCUGCCAAAACUACGUAAAGAGUGCGAGGAGAAGUUUAUUAACGAUCGUUUGGGCUUCAUCUACUCGGAGUGCCGCGAAAUGGUUUCAGAGGAGCGGCGCCAAGACUUACGCAACAUGUACGUCGUACUAAAGCCCAUACCCGAUAAUCUCAAGUCUGAGCUCAUAACCACCUUCCUCGAUCACAUCAAAAGUGAAGGUCUGCAGACCGUAUCUGCGCUGAAGGGCGAAAACAUCCAUAUUGCGUUCGUAGAGAAUAUGUUGAAGGUACAUCACAAGUACCAAGAGCUGAUCGCAGACGUCUUCGAAAACGAUUCUCUAUUCCUGAGCGCAUUAGACAAGGCGUGCGCCAGCGUUAUCAAUCGCCGGCCAACCGAGCGGCAGCCUUGCCGUAGUGCCGAGUAUGUGGCGAAAUACUGUGAUACGCUACUGAAAAAGUCUAAGACCUGCGAGGCAGAGAUCGAUCAAAAGCUUACUAACAACAUAACCAUAUUUAAAUAUAUCGAGGAUAAGGAUGUGUAUCAAAAGUUUUAUAGCCGACUGUUAGCCAAGCGCCUAAUCCACGAGCAAAGUCAGAGCAUGGAUGCGGAGGAGGGAAUGAUCAAUCGUUUGAAGCAAGCCUGCGGUUAUGAAUUUACCAAUAAACUUCAUCGCAUGUUUACGGAUAUAUCGGUAUCAGUAGAUCUGAACAACAAGUUUAAUACUCACCUUAAGGAUAGCAAUGUGGACUUAGGCAUCAACCUUGCCAUUAAGGUACUGCAGGCGGGCGCGUGGCCCUUGGGAUCUACUCAAGUUAUACCAUUUGCAGUACCACAGGAAUUUGAAAAAUCUAUUAAAAUGUUCGAGGAUUACUAUCAUAAAUUAUUUAGUGGCCGGAAGUUGACUUGGCUACAUCACAUGUGUCAUGGAGAAUUAAAGUUGAGCCAUUUGAAAAAAUCUUAUAUCGUGACUAUGCAAACAUACCAGAUGGCGAUAAUACUGCUGUUCGAGACUUGUGAUAGUCUGAGUUGUCGGGAGAUCCAGAACACCUUACAGCUAAACGACGAAACGUUUCAAAAGCACAUGCAGCCUAUUAUCGAGUCAAAGCUUUUAAAUGCCAGCUCAGAGAAUCUCGCCGGUGAGACUCGAAUAGAAUUAAAUUUGGAUUACACAAAUAAGCGUACAAAGUUUAAAAUAAGUUCGGCUUUGCAAAAAGAAACGCCACAGGAGGUUGAGCACACAAUUAACUCGGUAGAUGAGGACCGAAAACUCUUUCUACAAGCCGCCAUUGUAAGGAUUAUGAAAGCGCGUAAAGUCUUAAAGCACAAUGCCUUAAUACAAGAGGUUCUCUCUUUAUCGAAGGUUAGCUUUACUCCCAACAUAGCAAUGAUCAAGAAAUGCGUGGAGUCAUUAAUUGACAAACAAUAUAUUGAGCGAACGGCGAACUCGGGCGAUGAAUAUAGCUACAUGGCAUAGACUGCGGUAGAGAUUUUUUAUUCUUAAACAAGAACCUUCCCGGACAACAACCUCCCAUACACACAACUGACGCUAACCAAGCGGCUUAUUUUGUCUAAAAAGAACUACCUACAAUGUUAAAAAAAGAAAUCAAAAGGUCAAGCAAUUUGAGUUUUGUUAUUUUUGUGGUCAUAGCAUAUUGGUAUGAAAGGUGUGUGGAAAUCAAACGACGUUACUGAUACUUUUAAUUUAGCUUAGUUAGUUGAUCCAUUUUGAUUUAAUGCGUGUGUCCUAUUCAAUUGUAGAUAUAAUAUAUUUCUUUAUGUAUUGUAUAUUUAUCUGGUUUUAUUAACACACGCACAAACCAGAAUAAUGUGCUGGAAAAUGUAUAAUAAAUCCCAAAAAAUGUCUAAAAAUAUGUCAUUCAAAGUAUUUCGUAUCCUGUGCGUUAACGCUGUACCACUGUACACUUCAAAUUUACAUAAAUGAAUGCUGUGCAAAAAGCAGUCAGCAUUGCAGUUUAAGUAUGCGGAUAGAGAUCUGUACUUUUUAUUUGGUCGUCUCGGAAAAAACUGGAUCUAUUGUCCGGAAUCCCAUUCUUAUAAUUUUUUGAUUUUCUAGUACUUUUUAAUAACGAAUCCGGGUAGAAAUAGGCGUACCACCACCUACAAAUUGGCAUAUCGUAUAUUGAGCUUUGAGUUGUCAAAGUGCCAAAGAAAGUGUAAAAGCAAACAUUUUUCGAAACUUUCAAGAUUGCUAAGAUUCUUAGAUUUUGUUUUAAAAGAGCUUUUAAGGACUUUCCCAUCUUUUUGUUUUUGCUCACACAUUUUAUUGGACCUUGGUUUAAAAUAUAAAAUUCCCUUAAAUUCUUUUACUAAUCUUAGAAUGUCGAUUUUAUU